AACACAUUAAAAACAAUGAUCAACUAUAGAACAGGGUAUCCCUGGUAAUUCCUGACACGGUCUGGUACGAAAGUGAUUUCAAUCUAUGAUAGAAAGCCUAUAAAUUCAGUGAUCCAGCAGAUAGUUAUUCAGUUUGGAGCUCGUUCUCUUAUAGAAGGCUACGAACCUAUAGAAAGCUAUAGCAUCGGAGAGACCUAUUACUAACAUGGAGGUGAAAGUGACACUGAUCGUUGCCAUUGUGGCUGCUCUUGCUAUCUCGGCUCACGCACAAAGCGAUUUCAAUGAACGACGAGGAAAGGAGAAUGGCAGAGAGAGAGGACAAGAUCGCUUUGGAGGAAGGCCUGAUGGAAUGCAGAUGGGUGGACCUAGGCAAGAUGGCGGUCCGAUGGGUGGUAGGAGAUUCGACGGACCUAGAUUUGGUGCCCCGCAGAUGGGUGGACCUAGGCAAAAUGGUGGACCAAUGGGUGGCAGAAGGUUCGAUGGACCUGGAUUUGGUGCCCCGCCGAUGGGUGGACCAAGGCAAGAUGGUGGACCAAUGGGUGGAAGAAGGUUCGAUGGACCUGGAUUUGGUGCCCCGCAAAUGGGUGGACCUAGGCAAAAUGGCGGUCCGAUGGGUGGUAGGAGAUUCGACGGACCUCGAUUUGGUGGCUCCAGACCAGAUGGUGCUGGAGGGAGACCUUUCUUCGGCGAAGGAGGUAGGCGUGGUGAUGGAGAAGAAGAAACUGAUGCUGCCCGACAAAUUGGGCCUGGUCGGUUUGAUGGUCCUGGACAUGGUCAUUAUGGUCAUCAUCAAGGUGCAGGAAGACCUUUCUUCGGCAAUCCUCCUCCUUUUAACCCAGAACAGGAACCGCGCAACGACAGCAGCGAGGAGGAUGGCCGUCAUCACCGUCACCACGAUCGCCACCACGCCCACCAUGGCCACCAUGGCCACCACGAACACCAUCAUCAACAUCAUAACCACACAGAAGGCCACCAAGAUCAUGACAGACCGAUGUUUGAGAUGAGGCCCUUCCGGUUCAACCCCUUGGGUAGAAAGCCUUUCGGAGACCAUCCCUUCGGCAGACGCAAUCACACAGAAGGUCACCAGGGUCAUAAUGAGACGGGAGAUCACCCCCACCGUCAUCACAGCAAAAACGUAGAUGGAGAUCAGGACACCGGCCACCACGGCCACCAUGGCCACCACGAACACCAUCAUCAUCAGCAUGACCACAGAGAAGGCCACCAAGAUCAUGACAGACCGAUGUUUGAGAUGAGGCCCUUCCGGUUCAACCCCUUGGGUAGAAAGCCUUUCGGAGACCAUCCCUUCGGCAGACGCAACCACACAGAAGGUCACCAGGGUCAUAAUGAGACGGGAGAUCACCCCCACCGUCAUCACAGCAAGACCGGAGAUGGAGAUCAGGACAGACCAAUGUUUGAGACGAGGCCCUUCUGGGUCAACCCCUUCGGUAGAAAGCCUUUCGGAGACCGUCCCUUCGACAGACGCAACGGAACCGAAGAAGGAUCUCCCAGGCGUGAUGGCCACCCUCAUCCCCAUGGUAACCGCGGACGUUGGGGUGAGAAUGAAAGUGAGGAGAAGGAGCAUCCAACGACGGAAAGCGUAACGACAUCUUCACCACUUAAAGUGAUCGAGAUCGCAAUCAAUGAAGUAGACACCAAUGUGGUCGCCGAGGUGUAGAAUUUGUAUUAAAAAAAGAAGAAAACAAAUAUUGCUUUUGUUAAGAUAUAAUAUAAAUAUAUAUAUAUAUAUAUACUUCACCAAUAGCUUUCACUGGACAGAAUGUUUUUAUUAACGCGUCAUAACCGUACCAAAGACAACACUGUGUUUCUACAAAUUCAUUUACAACAGACUAAAAGCCAGUGAAAGGUGCUUGAAAAUACUGACGAAUUUUAAAUAUACAAUUUCAUACUGAAUACUAAAAAAUUGUAAAAUAAACAUGUAGCUGAACUCAUACGAAGGUAAUGUGCAAUAAUAAAGCCCCGAAUAUUUCCCUCACGCAGAUGAAUUGAUCAUUGUUAUUGAAUCAAUGAGGAAGACGAAAUGAAGGGAAAUAUUGCUUUUGUUAAGAUAUAAUAUAAAUAUAUAUAUACUUCACCAAUAGCUUUCACUGGAGAGAAUGUUUUAUUAACGCGUCAUAACCGUAUCAAAGACAACACUGUGUUUCUACAAAUUCAUUUACAACAGACUGAAAGCCAGUGUAAGGUGCUUGAAAAUACUGACGAAUUGUUAAAAUACAAUUUCAUACUGAAUACUAAAAAAUUGUAAAAUAAAGAUGUAGCUGAACUCAUACGAAGGUAAUGUGCAAUAAUAAAGCCCCGAAUAUUUUCCUGACGCA